AUAUUUAAUGCUACGAACGAUCUGGAUCCGUACAACAUAUACAGUAGCUGCUACACAACGGGUACAGUCGGCAAGAAGGCGCACAUUGAGCGCUUCAUGAGGAAGGCCGUCGGGAUACCCCCUCGAACAGCAGCAGUUCUUCAGCAGCGAUCGACUGUGCCUUUAUGUGAUCAGAUUGGAAACACUGAAGACUAUUUGAAUCGAGCCGACGUGCGUAAAGCCCUGCACAUUCCCACGUCUUUGCCUAGAUGGAAGGAUUGUAGCAUUGCUGUGGAGGACAGCUACGUGGUGACUCAUUAUGAUAUGACGCCCGAAAUCGAGGAAAUCAUCUCAGCUGGCGUGAAGGUUCUGAUCUACAAUGGAGAUGUCGACACCGUGUGCAGUCAUGUAAUGAACCGACAAUUUCUCACGAAACUCAAUCGUAGCAUUGUUGGUAAGGAGAGAGUGAACGAGCCUUGGCACUACCUGGGCGAAAAUCCAACUGUGGCUGGUUUCCAAGUCAAGUAUGAAGGAGCCACUCUCUUAGGACUCGACUUCCUAACUGUACGAGGUAGCGGCCAUUUCGUGCCGGGCGACAAGCCGCGAGAAGCUCUGCAAAUGAUCUACAAUUUCGUUAGUGGUCGCGACUAUUCAAGGCCGACUCCGUUCUAG